GACCAUCGAGCAUCGCAGUUCGGCGUGGAGAAGAGUCCAGAUCCACCGGGCCUCUUCCGCACGAGUGGACGAUUGACUAACACUUUUUUAGGCAGAAAAGAACCACGAUCAUGCCGGAGAGUCAAACGUUGAUUGUUCGAAAGGUAGCUGCAACCCAAAUCCUCACACCCAUGUCCUCGAUCGACCCGCAAAACAAGGAGAAUGUUCCGCGCAGUGGGGCUGGCGUCAAGGCAAAGUCCCGGGAGUCCGGCCAGCGGGAAGUCAAGUCCGCUGGAUCGUCUGUCCAUGCUGGGCAAAGCGCUGAUCUGUCGUCGGCGUUUCGAGAGCUGCGUCCGCGCCAAGUAAACGAGCUGAAGCGGCAAGCACCCUCAUCCGAAGCCGACGACCAACCGCACUACCCCAACAAAAAACACAAACGAGAUGAUUUUGGAUUACUAAUGUCGCCACAUAUGUUCGAAACCAUGUUUGCGAGGCGGACAACCAGCCCCCCCUUAGGAAUGGAAACACCUCCUUUGGCUCCUUGUGAGGAGCGUAAGAUCCGCUCCCUUCGCCCGACGUGCAAUAUUCCCAGGUCAUACGGCAGCGCCUCCCCGCUGUCGCCACCCAUUGCCCAUGCCAGUCCCCUCGCGUUCUCGGAGGCCGCAAGCAAUUCACCCCUGCGCGCGUAUUCGUGUGAGUUGGACGAGUCCUCUCCUCUAUCUGAAUGCGAGCCGCCGGCCCUUGAACCUGACGACGAAGACACAAAUGACGAUCACCCCAAAGUACUCGCUUCUGCGGCACUGCCAGCACCAGCACCAGCACCAGCACGGUUUCCGGACCUUCCUCGUGGCGACAGUUACAACGAGGAACUUGUUCUGCUCAUGCAAGGCGCCUGGGCAAACAUGAAAUCCAAGCAGGAGCAGUGUGGCAGCUGGAUCUCGCGCCAUCCGGAAAUCGACGAGGGCAUGCGAGAGAUGUUGAUCUUAUGGAUAAAGGAGGUCUCUGGCGAAUACAGCUUCCACCCGCUCACAUACUACCUGGCAGUUUUGCUGCUCGAUCAAGUGAUGAGGACGGUGGCAAGCGGAUUUCGGUCUGAUCAGUUCCAGAUCAUGGGUGCUGCGGCUUUGUUUUUGGCAUGUAAAAUACAGGAGAACAUGAUUCCCCAGGCUGAAGAUAUGCUUGAGUUUGUCCUUGGCGAUCCCAGCGACGGUCUCUAUGAAGAAAGACGAACCGCCGCCAUCGCUCUGUUUGAGCAGUACGAGCUGGAGAUACUCAUGGCUUUCGAUUUCGAUAUCAAGUCCCCAACCCCGCUGGAGUGGGUCUCGUUCUACCUUCAGAUCGCCGCCCUUUUGUUUCCAGACAACUUCCACUGCCGCGAUUUCAUGCAUCAAGCACUUGCACCACCAAAGAUCUUCGAGGACCGAUUACCUGGCCCGCGAAAUCCUCGAGGCAUCAAGUUGAUUCCUCAGAUCGGCUUUGAAGCACCAUGCAUCCUCAAGAGGCGAUACUGCGAGCAAAAGCUUGGCUACAUUGUUUCCAAGUUGGAUGGGAUUGUGACCCAAACUCGCUCCAUGGACUUUGAAAAAUCGAUCCUGGCGGCCUCUGUGCUCUAUAUGUCCGAGAAAGACAGCCUGAGCGAGGACCAUCUGCGGUCCAUAACUGGUAUCGGCCUGGAUGAGCUCCGGCCGUGUCUUGAUUGGCUGGCUCGACUUGGAAUUUGGGACCAUUCCGACGGCAAAGAGGCUGAGUACACUAUCGCGCUUGAAGAGUAGCCACAGGUUACAUCCCCGAGUCGUGAGCACUUCCUGUUUUCUUCUUCUCUUUCGGUCCUGCUUGGUCAUCGCUGAACGAACUCGAACCAAGCUGAAGCUGCCCCUCCCCCUCCCCCACUUU